CAAUUCUGAUUCCAGAUUAUUUUUGGUUUGAAACCAAAGCUAUCAAGAACGAUAGACAUGCACUCUCACCGUUGUGUAUCAAAAAAUGCCACAACUAAUGUCAACCUGCCACCUCUAUCUCUAUCCUGAAACAUGCAAUUACACCACUUGUCAACACCGCCAUGAAACACUUCACACAUUGCCACGUACUUACAUAUUUCUAUAGCAAAAAAUAUAUAUCCGAUCUUCAACCCAAGAAACCCUUCACUCUCUAUUCUCCGGCGAAACAAGAACUCCAAGAAACAUGCAAGAACAGAAAUCAGAUGGAAAUGAAAGGCUACGAGAGAAGAAAGUGAGAGACUUAAUGGUGGAUAAAAGAAGACUGGUGGAGGUGCCUUACACUGCCUCCUUAGCCCACACUAUGAACACCUUGGUUGCUAACCAAGUGGUGGCGGUUCCGGUGGCUGCACCGCCGGGCCACUGGAUUGGAGCUGGUGGCUCAAUGAUUUUGGAGUCUGAUAAGCAGACGGGGGCUGUAAGGAAACAUUACAUAGGAAUGGUUACUAUGCUUGAUAUAUUGGCGCAUAUUGCUGGUGAUGAUCAAAUGAACGGUGGAGAUGACGGUGCUUCUGAUCUUGAUAAGAAGAUGUCUGUACCUGUUUCUUCUAUUAUAGGGCAUUGUCUUGAGGGGCUUAGUUUGUGGACUCUAAAUCCAAGCACUAGCAUCCUAGACUGUAUGGAGGUAUUCAGCAAAGGGAUCCACCGUGCAUUAGUACCGCUUGACGGCCACACGGAGAACGUAUCAGGGGUAGAACUAGUUGAAUCUGCGUCAAGCUAUCACAUGCUUACUCAAAUGGACUUGCUCAAGUUCUUGAAGGAGCAUGCCUCUGAAACAGAGGGCAUUCUAUCGCGUCCUGUGGGUGAAAUGGGAGCUGUAAAUGAGAAUGUGUAUGCGAUAAGUAGUCACACCAAAGUUAUUGAUGCCAUAAAAUGUAUGAGGGCUGCUAUGCUCAAUGCUGUUCCUAUAGUCGUGGCCUCAGAUUCCCUUGAAGAUGAUUCUAAGAAGCUUAUAAAUGGAAAACGAAGGAAGCUUAUCGGAACAUUCUCGGCAACCGAUUUGAGGGGCUGCCAUUUGAGUGCACUACAGACUUGGCUGCCCCUAACUGCACUUGAAUUCACAGAGUUAGUUGCAAGUUCUCCAAUAUUUGCAUCUCCGAAUACAUCAAUUGUUUUGCCAAAGGAACUUGUGACUUGCCAUCUCGUGUCUCCACUUGCUGAGGUGAUCGACAAGGCAGUUGUGAAGCAUGUUCACCGAGUUUGGGCUGUGGAUCAGCAGGGUUUUCUUGACGGACUCGUUUCUCUUACUGAUAUUAUCAAAGUGGUAAGGGCAUCACUGCUAUCUAAUUCCUAUGAAUGAUCUUAGGUUGAGUGUUUCGGCGCCUUUGUUAACAGUUUUUGGCAUGUGUUAAAUGUUAAUAGACAAUAACUUCUCUAGUUCAAGAGAGAUGCACUUGCCAUAGAUAAUAUUUACUUUUCUUAUUGAAUAGCGAGAUAGAAUUGAGUGAAGGGUAUGAUUUUGUUGCAAAGAACAUCAAACUAAAAAAGAAAAUCAUGUCUUACAGAGUGCAAAGUUACAUUUAUCGAUUUUCUUUUCUUUUAAAUGAGAAAUA